AAUAUCAUGAAAAAAACGAAGGUAAACCCAGAAGACGAUAUAACACUUGGCAAAUUCACUCCAAAACCAAGUCCUCAAGAUUCUUAUCAGGGAAACUUUUUUGAUGUGUUUCGAGAUGCCGACUACAAAGAUUACAUAUUAUUCAGUGGUGGAUUAAUUUUGAGUGCAGUUAAUGGAGCAUUGGUGCCAUUCAACAGUUUAAUUUUUGAAGGAAUUGCGAAUGCUCUUAUGGAAGGAGAAUCACAGUAUCAAAAUGGAACAAUCAACAUGCCUUGGUUCAGCUCGGAGAUCAAAAUGUUCUGUCUUCGAUAUUUUUACCUUGGAGUCGCACUAUUCCUUUGUUCUUAUUUUGCAAAUUCCUGUUUGUAUACGUUAUGCGAACGACGACUACAUUGCAUUCGAAAGAAAUAUCUGAAAUCUGUGCUUCGUCAAGAUGCAAAAUGGUUCGACGAGACCACAAUUGGGGGCUUGACGCAAAAAAUGAGCAGUGGAAUCGAAAAGAUCAAAGAUGGAAUCGGAGACAAAGUUGGAGUUUUGGUCGGUGGAGUUGCUACAUUUAUCAGUGGAGUUUCAAUUGGUUUCUACAUGUGUUGGCAGUUAACUUUAGUUAUGAUGAUCACAGUGCCAUUGCAACUUGGUUCGAUGUAUCUAUCAGCGAAGCAUCUGAAUCGUGCUACCAAAAAUGAAAUGUCCGCUUAUUCAAAUGCCGGUGGAAUGGCAAAUGAAGUAAUUGCUGGGAUUAGGACUGUUAUGGCAUUUAAUGCGCAACCGUUUGAAAUCAAUAGAUAUGCACAUCAAUUAAACGAGGCUAGAAGAAUGGGUAUUCGUAAGGCUAUUAUUCUUGCUAUUUGCACUGCUUUUCCAUUGAUGCUCAUGUUCACAUGUAUGGCAGUUGCAUUUUGGUAUGGAGCCACGUUAGCCGCUGCGGGUGCAGUUUCUUCGGGAGCCGUUUUCGCUGUUUUCUGGGCUGUGCUUAUUGGAACUAGACGUCUCGGAGAAGCUGCUCCACAUCUCGGAGCAAUUACCGGUGCCCGUCUUGCAAUUCAUGAUAUUUUCAAGGUCAUCGAUCACGAGCCGGAAAUCAAAUGUACAUCUAGCGAAGGAAAGAUACCCGAGAAAAUUCAAGGAAAGCUGACGUUUGAUGGCAUCGAGUUCACUUAUCCAACUCGCCCAGAGCUGAAAAUUCUGAAAGGAGUCUCGUUUGAAGUAAAUCCAGGUGAAACUGUUGCGCUUGUUGGGCAUUCUGGAUGUGGAAAAUCUACAAGCAUUGGACUUUUGAUGAGAUUUUAUAAUCAGUGUGCUGGAAUGAUCAAACUUGACGGAAUCCCGAUUCAAGAAUAUAAUAUUCGUUGGCUUCGUAGCACAAUUGGAAUUGUGCAACAAGAACCGAUUAUUUUUGUAGCGACAGUCGCUGAAAACAUCCGAAUGGGAGAUGUUUUAAUCACGGAUCAAGACAUCGAGGAAGCAUGUAAAAUGGCAAAUGCUCACGAGUUCAUUUGCAAGCUCAGUGAUAGAUAUGACACUGUGAUUGGUGCAGGUGCUGUACAACUAUCUGGAGGCCAGAAACAGCGUGUAGCUAUUGCCAGAGCAAUUGUCAGAAAACCACAAAUUCUACUUCUUGAUGAAGCAACUAGUGCUCUGGAUACUGAAAGUGAGCGUAUGGUACAGACUGCAUUGGAUAAAGCUUCAGAAGGAAGAACUACUUUGUGCAUUGCUCAUCGAUUAAGCACAAUAAGAAAUGCCAGUAAAAUUCUUGUAUUCGACCAAGGACUUAUUGCGGAAAGAGGUACCCAUGAUGAACUAAUUUCCAAGGAUGAUGGAAUCUACGCCAGUAUGGUGAAAGCUCAAGAAAUCGAACGAGCAAAGGAAGACACUACAUUAGAUGAUGAGGAAGACGAGAAAACUCACCGAUCUUUCCAUCGAGAUUCAGUGACAUCCGAUGAGGAGCGCGAAUUGCAACAGAGUCUGGCAAGAGACUCGACUCGUCUUCGUCAGAGUAUGAUCAGUACAACAACACAAGUUCCUGAAUGGGAAAUUGAAAAUGCUCGUGAAGAAAUGAUUGAGGAAGGAGCUAUGGAAGCAUCGCUAUUUGAUAUUUUCAAAUAUGCAUCUCCGGAGAUGAGAAACAUCAUAAUAUCUCUUGUGUUUACACUUAUUCGUGGGUUCACAUGGCCAGCAUUCUCAAUUGUUUAUGGUCAACUUUUCAAAAUCCUUUCCGCUGGUGGUGAUGACGUUUCAAUUAAAGCACUUUUGAAUUCGCUUUGGUUCAUUUUGUUAGCUUUCACCGGAGGAAUCAGUACCCUGAUUUCUGGAAGUCUUCUUGGAAAAGCUGGUGAAACAAUGUCUGGUCGGCUUCGGAUGGAUGUUUUCAGAAACAUAAUGCAACAAGAUGCCAGCUAUUUUGACGAUUCUAGACAUAAUGUCGGAAGCUUGACAUCUCGACUAGCUACUGAUGCUCCAAACGUACAGGCUGCAAUUGACCAACGUCUUGCUGAAGUUCUUACUGGAAUAGUGUCGCUAUUUUGUGGAGUGGGAGUUGCUUUUUACUAUGGAUGGAACAUGGCACCCAUCGGACUUGCUACUGCGCUGCUUCUUGUUGUUGUACAGAGUUCAGUUGCUCAAUACCUGAAGUUCAGAGGACAAAGAGAUAUGGAUUCCGCAAUUGAGGCAAGUAGACUUGUCACUGAAUCAAUCUCAAACUGGAAGACUGUGCAAGCUCUUACAAAACAAGAAUAUAUGUACGAUGCUUUUACUGCUGCAUCAAAAUCACCACACAGAAGAGCAAUUGUCCGUGGUCUUUGGCAAUCUUUAUCAUUCGCAUUGGCGGGAAGUUUUGUUAUGUGGAAUUUUGCAAUUGCUUAUAUGUUUGGUCUUUGGCUAAUUUCAAACAAUUGGAGUACUCCAUAUACCGUGUUUCAAGUUAUCGAAGCGUUGAACAUGGCAUCAAUGAGUGUUAUGUUAGCUGCAUCAUAUUUCCCUGAAUACGUUAGAGCAAGAAUCUCUGCAGGAAUAAUGUUCACAAUGAUACGUCAAAAAUCUGUGAUUGAUAACCGAGGUUUGACUGGAGAUACUCCAACAAUCAAAGGAAACAUCAACAUGCGUGGAGUUUACUUUGCGUAUCCCAACCGUCGUCGUCAACUUGUGUUGGAUGGAUUCAACAUGUCUGCUAACUUUGGUCAAACGGUUGCACUUGUUGGACCAUCUGGCUGUGGAAAGAGUACAACUAUUCAAUUAAUUGAGCGGUACUACGAUGCACUUUGUGGUUCUGUCAAAAUUGAUGAUAGUGAUAUUCGUGAUCUUUCUGUAAAACAUUUGCGUGAUAACAUUGCUCUUGUCGGGCAAGAACCCACUCUUUUCAAUUUAACUAUAAGAGAGAAUAUCACAUAUGGAUUGGAAAACAUAACACAGGAUCAGGUUGAAAAAGCUGCGACACUUGCAAACAUUCACACAUUUGUGAUGGGACUUCCUGACGGUUACGAUACGUCUGUAGGAGCAUCCGGUGGUCGUCUGUCUGGUGGACAGAAGCAACGUGUUGCUAUUGCUAGAGCGAUUGUCAGAGACCCAAAGAUCUUACUUCUCGAUGAAGCCACGUCAGCUCUUGACACAGAAAGUGAAAAAAUUGUGCAAGAAGCUCUGGAUAAAGCGAGACUUGGAAGAACUUGUGUAGUUAUUGCCCAUCGUCUUUCGACAAUACAAAACGCCGACAAGAUUAUUGUUUGUAGAAACGGAAAAGCCAUUGAAGAAGGAACCCAUCAAACGCUACUUGCUCGACGGGGGCUGUACUAUAGAUUAGUGGAAAAACAAUCAUCUUAAAUUUCUAAAAAAAAUGACUUAGUACGAAUUGAAUCCGGUGACUUGCAUAAUUUUAUUUAAAUGUGAAUAAAUUUGUUGUCUAUCUUU